AUGUUCCCUUUUCUUCGGGUCUGCUUUUUUUGCUCUCUUGGUCCCGUGGCUGCUGCGGUCCGUUUCUUCACGCUCGUCCGGCUCGGCGCAGUCAUGGCCCUCCCGACUCCCGCAGCGUGCGCCGAUGAUCAAGCACACACCCACCCAUCGAUCGGUCUUAGUGAUGCCUCCAUCCGCGCCCCUCCGCACACUGACAGCUUUGUCGUGCCAAGCAUAAUAUGCUUACGGCAUCAGCGUAAUAUCAUUGCCGCGCCGACUGGGUCUGCGCCGGACCAGGAGUGCAGCGGCAGAUAA